UCCACAGUUUAGGAACAACUGGGUAAAGAUUUUAGAUCAGAAGCGCAAAUCAUGAUGACCGGAUUUCGGCUGAACUUGUCGCCUCUGAAGGAGCCUCUGGGCUUCGUCAAGCUGGUGGAGUGGCUCACAGCCAUAUUUGCUUUUGGAAGCUGUGGCGGAUACUCAGGGAAGAACAUCUUAUCUCUCUUCUGUGGUGAUGGCAGAAAUGAAACUAUCGAUGCCAACUUCCACUACCCAUUUAGGUUAAGCCAGGUCCCACUCAUCGAGGGAAACACCACUCUUUGUAAUAACUCUGCCACAACGACACACAUGGUGGGCGACUCAGCAUCCUCAGCGGAGUUCUUUGUGGGCAUCGCCAUCGUCUGUUUUUUGUACAGCAUGGUGGCUCUGUUGGUGUAUUUAGGCUACAUGCACGUCUACAAGGAUUCUGACUUUGGACCAAUUUUUGACUUUUUGAUCACAGCGAUCCUGGUCUUUCUGUGGCUGGUGUGUUCGUCCGCCUGGGCGAAGGGCCUGCAGAAUGUGAAGUACGCCACGGACACUGAGGGCCUCAGCGCCACGCUGGGACUCUGCAAGGGGAGCAACAUCACCUGUGAGGUCACGGAGUACGCCAGCAUGCGGACCCUCAACAUCUCUGUGGUGUUUGGCUACCUCAACAUGUUUGUGUGGGCGGGAAACGCCUGGUUUGUGUACAAGGAGACACGUUGGCACUCCCAGAAAUUCUCCUCUCAGCCUGGACCUGGAAGGCAACAGGUCCCUGCACCCAUCUAACACUAUAAGGCAAAAGAAAGUCACAGUCACACACACAUACUUAACACACAGAUAGAUCAGACACAAACAAGUUGAGCACACCUUGCAUGCAUGCACAUUUAUGAUCACGUGUGAAGACAUUAUUACACAUACCCUCACAUAAAAAAAGCUCUGUGACGAUGAUGAAGACAGACAAAUUGAUCCAUGGUCAGUUUAAAAACUGAUGGAUUUGGAUAUAUAGAUUGGAUUUGGACUUUAUCGACACAGUAGCAGCUGUGUAGGCAGUACACAGAGCUGAAUUAACAUUUUGUAACCCAAAAUGUCACAUCACUUCUCACACAAACACGGUAUACAUGAACUGAGAACAGUUCUAAAAGCAAUGUAAAUUUCCCAAAAGAUUUCCUCUGAAGGCCUAAGCACCCUGCAGCUGUAGGAGGCUGUGGGAGGAGAAAGUGUUUGGUUUCAUGUGUAGAUUAGCCUUUGUUAUUUUUUAUUUUUUUUACCUUUUUCAUAUAGUACAGCACACCAAUGCAAUUAGCAUGUCAAAUCCUUUUAUCCGUGCCUUCUUAGAAUAAAUCCUAGAUGGUUUCUUAUGCUUUAGGAAGCAGAUACAUGCACAGGAAAAGACCAAAUGUGUUAGUCCUUCCAUCUCAGUAGCAGCAUUAUAUAUUAUGAGUCUCAGAAACAGUGGCGCCAUUUGAAAUCUUUCAUAAGGUUGGCCAGAUGGAGCAACAUAAACCAAAAGCCAUAACUGAACUUCAGGAAUUCGCUUAUGCUAUUUAAGUAUAGUUGAAAAUUAUGUCAAUAUGGAGAGUUAAGGAAUCACAUAUUGUGCCUUUAGCUUCUUAUGUUACUAAUUAUCUGAUGGUCAUAGACUAAUACUGGUUAGCAUUUUGAGUUCCACAACAGUCCUGUUUUAAUGUGUUAUGUAUCUAUAUGUGACAGGUGAUUCAUUGUUCUUUAGAUAGGCUGGUUGUCCUCAACCUUAUAAAGGCAAAUACACAGUUUUAAUUUGAAGGAGUAUAUUGAUAUAAGGAACAAAAUGUUUACUGGGAACAAGCCUUACCAAGUUUAGGAGUUUUGUGGGUACCCAUAGAACCCAUUUUCAUUUGAAUAUCUUACGGUGAGAGUUCAAGGGAGUCCUUAAUAGAUGGCCAUGCUCAAAGCCACAACAAAAUAAUGGGAGAUGACACGAGAAAUUAAAGCAAGAAGAUCAUAAUUUAUUUUAACUAACCCAAAUCCAACAUAUCAAAGAAUGGUAUGAGGUGUGGCAGUCAGUAAAUCAGUAAUGUUAGCGUGUAUGCAUGCUUGUCAAAUUAGUGAGUGGUGUUAUAAGGUGAAAAAGCAAUUAAGCAAAAUAAGGAGCAUGGAGAGAAGAGAGCAGAGUUCCCCUUUUGUCCUCUCUCUCUCCCUGUUCGCGGAGCAAAUGAGAUGUGCUCUUAUAGUGCGGGGAACACCGGGCCCAGGUGUUCCCAGCAACUAACAGCGGACCCAACGCCUCCUGCUGGUAAUCUGUAAUACAAAAAGAAAUAGACACCACCAGCCCAACAGCCACAAGAGGCGUGGCCGUCACACCUAACUUCAGGGUGUUUUCACAUAUAGUCCUUUUUAAACAAACCAAACUCAGUGCUCUUAAAGUGCACCAAAAAGUGGACCAACAGAAAAGAGACUCGGUUCUUUUUGUCUUCACAUUGUCAGUUCAUUUGAAAGAGGACUCAGUUCUCUUUCUAGCCACACUAUAUACAAUAUAUAUUGACGUAGUUUUGUUUUUACUUUGAGAUGAACUUGAAAUUGGAGAAAAACCCUAGUGUGUCUGUGCUGUUGACUGUUGCCAUUUGAUGUAUUCUGCUAGAGAUUCUGUUAGACCAAACUACUCCUCGUCCUUGCAAGUGUUACAGGCCGACGUGGUUUCGUCUGUUUUUUCAAUCGUCCCAGUGCAAUAGCAUGUGAUCUAGAGUUCUAAAUACAAUGGCAAAGCGAACCUGGAGCGCUUUGUGCUCACAAGGCACGGGUUAAGCGAACUGCACUGCAGACUUGAAGCGAACCAAGGGGUCUGAGUUCUCUUGGAGUUUUCACAUAUGCGCAAAAAAAGCUGAGUCCGUUUAGAAGGCUGAAAAGACACCAAGUGUGAAAACACCCUUAGAGCGUUAUUUAGCUCCCUUAGCAAUGAACUAUGCUGACAUGGUUGGUACCAAUGGGUGCCUUUGGUUGUCUAGUUUCCAAAGAUACCACUAUCUUCAUGUUAGCUCAAAAAAUGAGCCAGGAAAAGAGGUGUCCUUACUGCUUGGUCGAAUUUAUUACACCUUUUCUUAUAUACUGAUGAAUGUUAGGUACUUUGAAGUCAUCCACAAAACCAACCACAAGAAACAAGAGUUCAUUUCUGGAGAUAAUAAGGAUAAUGUGAUCAAGGUUUUCAGGGUAAUAGAGAGGGUGAGACAGUAGUGUACUAUGAAGUACUCCAUACCACAUUACCAAAACAGAGAAUGAUAUUCAUUGUAAUUUAUUGACAUACAUUAUAUUGCAUAUUAUCCCUUUAAGUUGAGUCAUGCAUAUUUCAUAUCAAGAUACAUUUUUUAGAUGCAAAGCACCUUGUGUAUCUUGAAGAUGACUCACUGACUCAUUCUUUCAUUCAUAGGCUCUCUCACAGUUAGCCCACUUGCCCUCUAGUGAUGGCUAGCAGGUACUGCAACAACUAAACUAGGAUUAAUACAAACAUUGAUGAUGUGAAUGCAAAUAAAAGUCUUAAUCCUCUUCUGAUUUUUCUCGGUAGGGUAAAUCUGUGCAGACGAGGAGACAGGUUAGAUAUUUUAAACUUUAAGAAAUGUAAAAUUGUCUCAAACCAAAAUAUUACAGAGGAGGUAUUUGCAUUUAGUGUUCUUAUCACAGCAUGCACAGUGCUCUCAUGUGGUGCCUAAUAUGCUUUUAUGAUGUCCUUUCAAGCACCCUGAGAGUGUAAAUCCAUUAAGAAUACUCGAUUAAAAGUGUGCUACUUAAUUAGAUCAGAAAAAUGUUGGUGUGUGAGAACAGCCAACGUCUGAAAUCUUUCACUUCCUGUGUGUCCAAAAGCUUUGAUUGAUUUAGUCUCUACUAAGGUACCAGAAGAAAGUUAAAACCUUCCUUAAUUGUGUAAGAAAAAUGUUUGGUGUUUUUUGAAUGUAGUCAUUUUCAUUCAUCACUGUUGAACCUUGCCAUAGCACUAUUCUUACCCCCUGUUUGAGCUCAUUUCAUAUCUCUGUGUGUUAAAUCAGUUAUUCUGUUGUUGUCCAAAACAGUUUGUCUUGUUUUUUGAUUGUCUAGUUUUUAUAAAGCCUUCCUGAUACACCAAACAGUUAGCUGGUGUUUUAUAAACUAUCACAUUUUUUGUCUUUUUUUUUUUUCAUUUUUAGCAUAUGUAGAUGAAUAUUUGAAGGGCUUUUUGAUUUUAUUGUUGUUUUAUGCCUUUUGAUGCGGUUAAAAUGUAAGUGGGAUGAUUUUAAAGUCAUUUAACUUUGUCAUUCGGCAAAGUUAAAGGUAUACUAUGCAGGAUUGUCAACAAGCUCCCCAGUGAAAGUGACAGUAAAGCCAACCCCAGAUUCACUCUCUUGGAUAUGUGCCACUAAUGGUCUGGCAGCUGGUCUCUACCUUUUUAUAAAGCCCCGGAAAAUACACCACUACACACUUCUCAUAGGUCAUAAGUGAUGAUUGAGAGGGAUUACUUCUGUUUGAGUCUAUACAUUGUUUGUUAGGAGAAUCCUGCAUAGUAUAUCUUUAAAUGAAUGUGUGUGUGUGUGCAUGUGUGUAUGUGUGUGGUGUACUGGUUAUACCUCUGCACUCUUGUAAUCAUCAUCCGACCAGCUAUAGCUUUGUCAAUGAUUUCUAUGCAUUUAACCUGCCAAACUGUCUUAUUCAAGAGAGAGACGUACAUUCACUCUGUGACAUGCACAAUUUCAGUGUACCUUUUUUUUUUUUCAAUAAAAAUGAAUGAUUUUUUCAUUAA